UUGCACAGUAAAGCUCUGCCUGGUGCUUCUUCCUUUCACUGCACUGCAAGAGGAGAAAGGGGAGAGCGUCCAGAAUUUAGAGCGGUCCAAGACCAUUUCUGCUUGUUGUGGUGGAUGGAAGGACAAUGAGCAACACAAAGAAAAAUAAUAAACUGGAUGUCUCCUGGGUGGAUUUAAUUUAUUGCCCACAAGUCAUCGUUUGACUCAAAUUAAGACAAAAGUUGUGAGCAUGGACAUCGGUGGUUUGGAGACAGUGGUGGCCAACUCGGCCUACGUGUCGGCCCGAGGAAGUGUCGAUGGUGCAGCCGCCGCCACCUUGCGCGACAAGAAGAUGCGAGCCAGGCUGAAACUCCCACACAUCAGAGAUUGUGAACACAUGAAAGUGUCAGUAGGCACCACCUUUGACAGCAUAUGCGUCAAACAGCCCAUCGGCAAGCGCCUCUUCCAACAGUUUCUGGAGAGCGAAGCCACCUACACGACUGCUGGCGAGCUGUGGAAGGACAUCGAAGACUAUGUCAUAUGCCAAGAAAAGGACAGAGCUCAAAAGGCCCAAAAGAUUGUCAAUAAAUACUACGAGUCAAAAUCAAAGAAUUUCUGCAGCUUCUUAGAAGAGAAGGCCGUUGCCAGAGUGAAGGAGGACUUCAAAAAUGUCCAUGGGGACUUGUUUAAAGAAAGUGAGAAACAGCUCCUAAACCACCUGGAGAAGAAGGCCUUGGACAGCUUCAAGCAGAGCAUGUACUUCCUGCGUUUUGUUCAGUUCAAGUGGUUGGAGGGCCAGCCUGUUGACGAGGACUGGUUCAUGGACUUCAGGGUCCUUGGCAAAGGUGGCUUCGGAGAAGUGUAUGCCUGUCAGGCUAAGGCGACGGGUAAAAUGUACGCCAAUAAAAAGCUGGAUAAAAAGAGGCUGAAAAAACGCAAAGGCUACGAGGGUGCAAUUGUGGAGAAGCGCAUCCUUGCCAAAGUCCACAGUCGCUUUAUUGUGACGCUGGCCUAUGCCUUCCAGACCAAGACUGACCUCUGCCUAGUUAUGACCAUCAUGAAUGGCGGCGAUCUCAGGUUUCAUAUGUACAAUGUGGAUGAAAAAAACCCUGGUUUCAAUGAGAAGAGAGCGUGUUUUUACACAGCGCAGGUAAUCUGUGGACUGGAGCACCUUCACCAGCACAGGAUCAUCUACAGAGACCUGAAGCCAGAGAAUAUACUGCUGGAUGAUGCAGGACAUGUCCGCCUGUCAGAUUUGGGCUUGGCUGUUGAACUUCCACCAGGAAAAGACAAAACUACUGGCUAUGCAGGAACUCCAGGUUUCAUGGCUCCAGAGCUGCUCCAGAAGAAAGAAUAUGAUUACACAGUAGAUUAUUUUACUUUGGGAGUUACUCUGUUUGAGAUGAUUGCCGCCAAAGGGCCCUUCAGAGGACGAGGAGAGACGGUAGAGAAUGACGAGGUGACUCGCAGAAUCUUGAAUGAUCCGGCUCCGUAUACACCCAGCUUUAGCAAAGAAUGCAAAGAUAUUUGUGAAGGCUUGAUGGAAAAGGACCCUGGGAAACGCCUUGGGUUCAAGAAUAACGAGUGCGCAGAACUAAAAAAACAUCCUUUCUUCAAAGACAUCAACUGGGGCCGUCUGGAAGCUGGCAUACUGCCUCCACCAUUCGUCCCUGACCCCAAGGCGGUCUACGCCAAAGAUAUCGAUGACGUGGGCGCCUUCAGCACAAUCAAAGGCGUGGUCAUGGAUAACAAGGACACAGAGUUCUUCAACGACUUCGCCUCAGGCAACGUUCCUAUCCCCUGGCAGGAGGAGAUGAUCGAGACAGGAGUGUUCGGAGAGCUGAAUAUAUGGGCUGAGAAUGGAAAGCUGCCUAAUGACCUCGACCCAAAUUAUGUGGAAUCCAAAGGUGGAGGGUGUGUGCUCCUCUAAAGUAGAACACGUUGUGGGGGGACUUCCAGAGCAAAUGUAUUCAAAUUAAGGAAAAUUUUAACAUUAAAAAGGAACCGAAAACAUGGAUCAGUUACUAUUAAAAAAGUACGAUUGCUAAAAACACUGACAUUAUACAAUGGAAUUCCAAAAAAAAGGAAAAACAAGAGGCCAGAACCUGAACAAAAACAAGGCAGGAACGGAUGAACCUGUUGAUCUCCCAAUAUGUAUUUUUAUGUGUUUAUUACAGAUGGCUUUUUCUGUGCGUGCAUACACCCUUUCACAAGGCCAUCUGCAGAUAAUAAGCCAAAGAGCAAAAUGGUAAUGACAGCCAAAGAACUAAAAAGGGAACUUACCAAAAGUAGCACUAAAAGGUAAGUUAGGCUAAUUUACUAAUUUACCACAAAUUUACUCACGGAAUUUCCUUUGAGAAACAGUGUUUGUAAUAUUUUGGUUAUUUAUUUUGCCACAUAAGAAAGGCAAUAUGUUAGCUACAGUACAAUAAAUAAACUAAUACAAAUACACUAAUAAAGGAAGAUUUUUUCAAACACCUCAUACAAUUGUGCAGCUGUACCUAAUAACAUGUGCGUUAGGUAAAGUACUGUUUAACUACAAUAGUGCUGUAUAUACUGUGUAUUUUAAUAAUGGAUCAAAUAAUGGACACAAUAUUUACGUAUAGUUCUUUAGCAGAAAGGACUUGCAGUUUUAAUGUAACAUAUGAUGCAGCUGUGUACUAAACUUGUGUGUACUAAAUGCAUAGGAACUAAUGUAAUUGAUUUUAUUUAAUGCAAAUACCAUAGCUAGAACUGCAAUUAAUAAAAUCCCGCAAUGCAUAAAUAUGUGGGCUCCUUCAUUGCAAAUGAGUGCGUGCACAGACACAUGACAGAAUGUCGAAUCACGUGUCGAAUCACUGACCCAGCCCAACAUGAACGUGCAUCCUUUACUUUCAGUUUGUACCAUGUAUUUUCACCCAGGUCUCAGGUGGACAACAGUGAUGUAUACUAUAUUAUAUAUUAUUUUCAGCAAUUUAAUUCAGCAAAUACAAAAUCAGUGGUGCGGUAAUUUAAAUCAGAUUUAACAACACCUGACGGAGGCAUAAAAAGCUGCAGUCACAGCAAUUAAUCACACUGAUUUAUGAGACGGCCAUUCAAGCUGUGACUUCACCGAAACUCUGUAACAUACUCAAAUAAUGACUGUUCAAAGGUAUACAAAUGGAUCACUAUUUAAAUAUCGUUUUGCCAUAGAGUGAACUCACAGUGCUCCUUUGCAUGCAUGUCAUGUAUGAAUCCAAAGUCAUGUCAAAGAGAUUUCACAAAGUUGUACAAAGGAUGGUUACGGUACUUUAAAUUACCAGACAAUAUCAGAACCUAGCACGCAAUGCAGACUGCAAAGAUUUUUAACCCAAAUAUUAUUAUGCCACUAUAGUAAGGUGCAACACCACUGCCACUAUAAUAUACUGUAUAUAUGUACAGUGAAACAUUGGUUAGCGUCAUUAAUUCGUCCCAGAAGGUCUGACUCUAACCAAAUCAAUUUUUCCUAUAAAAAAUAAUGUAAAUCCAAUUAACAUGUUCCAAAAAGCUAAAAAUGUUAACACAAAUCACGCUUUAAUAGUUGUACAAUGAUAGUUUUACAUGCAGAAAACAAUUCAGUAUGCAUAUAAAUACAUAUAAAUGAUGAAUGAAAGGGAUAAAUGAACAUUCAAGGUUAUGUUUCCAAAACACAAUGUGGCAGCAAGAUCAACAUCUUCCUCUUCAACACCGCCUUCCUGUUUUGCCAUGGGUUAUUUCUUGAAUUAAAUAGUGUUUCUCACCUCCAUAACCCAAAAUGGAGCCAAAUAACAUUGCAAGUGUCAGCAUCUUGAUAAAAAGGGUGAGAAACACUACUGAAUUCAAGAAGGUGGUGUUGAAGCGGGGGAGGUGUUGAUCCCGCUGCCACAUCGUAUCUUUGACAAGACUCAAGUCUUCACUGAAGGUAAAAGUAACCUUAAAUGUUCAUUUAUCCCUUUUAUUCAUCAUUGAUAUGCACUUACAAUUGUUUUAUUCGUGUAAAACUAUAAAAAAAAAAAAACAUUUUUGAGCGUCAGUCGCUAAUGACAUCAUAGGCGGGCGACAGCUGACUUCCGGUUUUGGUUGCCAUUUUGUUAGCAAGCUAAGGAUGCUAACAUGGACAUUUGUGAUAAAAAUACAUUAAGAACACAGUUGGACUCACGCAGUGUAUUAACAACACGAGAAGACGCGCGGCAUAUUGUACACUGACAGGAAAAUGUACACAAACCGAGGCAAAAUUUUGGUGUAAAUUUAACCGAAAAACACACUAACUGGGGCGGACGUGAACCGAGGUUCCACAUUUUGUCAUUAAUUUGUUUGAAAAGGUCAGACAAACACUGAAACGUACAGUAUGAUUUUUCCUGUAGUAAAUAAUGUGAAUCUAGUCAAUUCGUUCGAAACACCCCAAAAUAUCAACAAAUAAUACAUUUGAUAGAGAAUAAUUAUAAUUUUACAUGCAGAAAAGAAUUCAAAAUAAUUAUAAGUGAACUGAUUGUUGAUGCUGACAUCCCAUCCAUCCUGGCGAGAUCGAAUUGCUGGCACUCUUUCUUUGGCCCCGUGGUGGGUUAUUUAGCUGUCGCUCUCAAGUGAGACAGUGAGCCACAGCCAAGUGUAGUUUCUUUGUUUGGGAACUUAAUUCUGCUGAAAGAUACAGUGCAGGGCAAACGUACCAGUUUGUUACGUGCAAUAUGUAUGAACACAGACUGUGCGAAAACUGAGGGAUUUUUUUUGCAAAAAAUUUGGACAAAAACUGAAUCAUACAAAAACUGAUGUGUAGGAAAACCAAGAUUUGAGUGUAAUAACAUAAUUGUAGAGAAACACACAUAUAGCAUUAUUAUCUUUGUAAAGAAUUUUUAAUGCAGUUCUUGAUUUGGAUGUUAUUAGAUUGAGUCUGAACCUAAUGUAGGGGCCAGUGAGCCACUGCUCACAUAAACUGUAUGUUGGGUAUGAAACAGUUAGGGUAUAUAGAAGUAUUUCCACUGAGGCAAAGUUUAUGAUUAUGCCUUUAUGCGCCUUCAUGGUGGAUUUGAAUCAUAAACAACCAAGAUACUGUAUUACACAAGCGCAGACUUUCAACUUUAGUUCAAGAGGGUUCACAAACUGGUACCAUUUACAAAUUUACCAAAAUUUGUUCAGGGCAUCAAUGUUUGGACAAAUUACUGUAGAUUAAUAAAAAAUAUUAUUUUUAACACUAAAAAACAGUUCUGGUCAAUGACAGGCCAGUUUUUGUCAUGAAAAACAUUUCCAGAACUUCACUUGCUCCUUGCUUGUGGGUCUUGCUGCUUUCCAUUUUGUCUGCAGGAAGUUAAAAUGAAGCUCAAAUGACUUGAGAUCGAGCCACUUGCCUUCAAAAAGUUGAGUUGUUUUCUAUCACACAUUUUUUUUUAGCACACUGGGUACUCUCCCCCCAUUGACUACCAUUCAUUUGACACUUUGUAUCUAUCUUUUCCAUCCUUUCUGUCGGUUUUAGAGCAUUUACUAUCUGAAUGUAAGCAGAAAGCAUAGGAUUCAGGUGAGGACUUUGACUAGGCCACUCCAAAGUCUUCAUUUUGUUUUUCUUCAGCCAUUCAGAGGUGGACUUGCUGGUGUUUUGGGUCAUCGUCCUGCUGCAGAACCCAAGUUGGUUUCAGCUAGAGGUCACAAACAGAUGGCCGGACAUUCUCCUUUUUUGGUAGACAGAAGAAACCAUGGUUCCAUUUAUCCCAGCAAGUCUUUCAGGUCCUGAAGCAGCAAAACAGCCCCAGACCAUCACACUACCACCACCAUAUUUUACUGUUGGUAUAAUGUUCUUUUCUGCGAUUGGAAUAGAAAAUUUUGAAAUGCGGUGUUACUUUUCCACCAGAUGUAGCGGGACACACACCUUCAAAAAAGUUCAACUUUUGUCUCAUCAGACCACAGAGUAUUUUCCCAAAGGUCUUGGGGAUCAUCAAGAUGUUUUCUGGCAAAAUUGAGACGACCCUUAAUGUUAUGGUGGAGUCAUGAACACUUACCUUAACUGAGGCAAGUGAGGCCUGCAGUUCUUUGGAUGUUGUUGUGGGGUCUUUUGAGUCGUCACUGCGCUCUUGGGGUCAUUUUGGUUGGCCGGCCACUCCUGGGAAGGUUCACCACCGUUCCAUGUUUUUGCCAUUUGUGGAUAAUGGCUCUUAUUGUGGUUUGCUGGAGUCCUAAAGCUUUAGAAAUGACUUUAUAACCUUUUCCAGACUGAUAGAUCUCAAUUAAUCUGAGUUAUGGCAAUCACUUUUUCACACAGGGUCA